CUUGCCGUGCAGAGUUUUGGAGCUGUCAACGACCUAUUCCUCCGGAUCCUAUAGAUAGAUAGGGAUCAGCUGAUUAGUUUGUUGUAUAGGCUAAUGGUCACGUACAUGACCGAUUCUUCAGCUGAUCCGAGUCUCUAGGAGUUCAGUUAGUAGCCUACGGCCACCAGUGCUUUGGCACUUGUAUAUGUACUCAUACACUGUCAUGGAAUAUGAUUGAGCAUUCUCUCAUUCUCGUUUCUUACAUGGUAUCAGUCGACAUCUGAUCCAAUCUCCACUUCCGCUGCCCCAACUCUUCCACUGCUUCUGCCAUGGUGAGUCCAUCGGGUUCAUCUUCCUCCAACCCGUUCGCCGACCCCGCAGAACCUGCUCCCCCAGCUGCUGCAACACUCGUGCUGCUCAACAUCCGCAACCACGUUCCCGUCGUUCUCUCUGCUGAUGACGGCAACUUCCGGCAGUGGCGCAAUUUCUUUGAACUUACGUUCCAGAAAUUUGGCCUUGUCGACCACAUCGACGGCACCGUCGACGCCGCCGCCAUGAUCGACAACCCGGAGUGGCUCCAGGUGGACUCCUGCAUCGUCUCAUGGCUGUACUCCACCGUCUCCAAAGAAAUUUGGAACGAUCGCGAGCCACUGCCUACUCCGCGUGGACGGCGAUCACGAAUCAGUUCCUCGACAACAGCCUGCAACGCGCCGUCUACGCCCAGCAGGAGUUUCACAGCCUGUUCCAAGGCGACAUGAACAUCAGCGAGUACUGUGGUCGACUCAAACGCCUCGCCGACACUCUCUACGACUGCGGUGCCGCCGUCUCCGACCCGGCGCUCGUCAUCAACACCCUGCGUGGCCUGAACAACAAGUUCAGUCAGGCCAUUGCAGUCCUCUCCACCAUGUCUCCCCCGCCCAUGUUUCUCUACACCAAAUCCUACUUGCUGCAGGAGGAACACCGCAUGCGGCACUCCCAACACAUGGAGGCGCAGACGGCACUCAUGGCAGCCGCCACCACCCCACCUGCCACCAAGCCUGUCACGCCGAAUCCGCCUCCACCACAGGCACCCAACCCUGGUGCCAAUGAUCGUCGCAAGAAGCGCAAGGCGUCAGAUGGCCGCAAUCGCCAGAACACCUCCGCCGGUCACCAUGCUCCAUCCGGCGGCCAGAGCAGCAGCGCGUCGCCACCGCCAUGGGCUUCGGCGUACAACCCGUGGCAGGGCGUUGUGCAAGUGUGGCCCAUGCACGCCUGGCGACCCAGCGUCCUCGGAUCCCGGCCUGGCAUCCACCCCCCGCAAGCCAUGGCCGCGAUCUCUGCCCCACCACCGACGCAUCGGCACCUCUCAGGGCCAACUGCCGGCCGGGCUCUACACUGCCCUCAACGGCAUGUCCAUCAACAACAAUGGUGGUGUCGGCGGCGAUUGGUUCCUCGACACCGGAGCCACGGCUCACAUGGCAUCAAACACCGAUGGCGCUCCUCCGAUGUGAUUCAUCAGGCGACCUCUAUCCCAUCCAGCGCUCUUCGGCACCAUCUGCAUCAUCUGCGGCGCGCCCUGCAACAGCACUUCUUGCCUCCACCAACAGCACCACCUGGCAUGCGCGUCUUGGUCACCCUGGUCAAGAAACGCUCCAGCGCCUGUCCCGUUCCAUUGGUUUUUCCUGCACCAAAUCCAGCCGUCAUACUUGCCAUGCCUGUCGCUUAGGCAAACAUGUACGCCUGCCAUUCAGUGCAUCCAAUAAUGUCUCUAGUUUCCCCUUUCAACUCUUGCAUUGCGAUGUAUGGACAUCCCCAAUUUUAAGCAAUUCUGGUUAUCAAUACUAUUUGGUUGUUUUGGAUGAUUA